AUGCCUACAAAGACAGAUAUUGCCUUGGAGCUCGUUCGCACUCGAAGCGAUAUAUCCUUCGCCGAGAAGGAGAUAAACGACUCAAAGUGGGCAAUAAUCCAGGUGCAGGCACAAAAGGCUGCUGCCCUAGCUAUAAUACAGGGAAACUAUCCGCAUGACCGGAUCGCCGUGGCUAAACAGCAAUAUUCGGAAUUUCUCAACAAGGAGUGCGAUCUACAAGCUCAGCAAAGCAGGACCAGAAGGGAUUUGGAGAGGCUGAGGGACAAGGAGACAAGGCUUGAGAGAGAACUACGAGCGUAA